GCGCUUUCACUUUUUGCCACACACAAUUUCUUUUUUUGGCGCGACGAAGCUUCACCGGUUGAGCAACAGCCUGCUUGGAACCCGCCUUCGCUGGAAGUCGCCCAGCAUCUCCACUCCCCUCCCUUCGCCUGCAGCCGGUGUUGGUUUUCUCCGACUUCUUACUUUCACUUUCGGCUUCCGGGAAAGCGGCUGUUUCUCCGAAGCUCUGCGGCCCGGGUGGUUUCCAGAGCCGGCCGGGAGAGGCGCCAAGACCUGCCCACCUGCCCCCGCCGCCCGCGCCCUCCGUUCAGUCUGAGCCGGCUGCCGUGCGCGGAGGAGCUCUCUUAAAAUCCCCUUCUCGGGUCCCCCCGCGCGUAGAUCGCGGCUGUUGCUUUCUCCACCGGCUUCGCUGCCGUCGCUCUGCAAACGGGCGUUGGACUCUGCUAGAAGCACCUCCGCCGCCGGGAUUUCUUCCAGCACAAAAGCGCUGCUCCAGGCAAGCUCCUUUCUUAGAACCGGCGCGAUGAAGCUGGGCUUGUGGUCCUGGGUCAUCCUGGGGAUGCUGCUGGACUUCCUGGCCCUCCACCUGGCUUGGAAAUGGACCCCCUCACCUUGGGGGAACCAUCUGGCUUUCCUCUGGGCCGUCGCCGUGGGACGCUGCGUGUCGCUGGUCCUCGCAGGGGGUACCCUCGCCAGCUCCGGUGGGGACAAGCUUCCCUGGAGGCUGCUGUUGGAAGGGGCCUUGGUCCUCUCCUUCCAGAUGCCCAGCUAUGUCAGCUUGCAGUACCUCUAUCAUCCCAAAGGGGACGCCCAGCAUCUGGCCACCAACUGGGGCAGGAGUGACGUCCUUGCCCUCAACUACCUGGUGGUGGGGUCCGUGAUGCUGCUGUUCCAUCACCUCCUCCCUUGGGGGGGCACAGGAUCGGAAAAGGCGCCAUCGGCUUCCUUCGGGCGCCUCAUCUCCUGGCUGAGGCCGGAGGCGCUGCGGUUCGUGGCCAUCACGGUGCUUAUGGUGAUCUCAUGUAUGGGAGAGAUGGCAGUUCCAUAUUAUACCGGGCAGGUGACAGACUUGCUCAUAAGCAAGGAGGAAGCCUCGGCCUUCAAGAAUGCUCUGUGUAUGAUGGCUUGUUUCACUCUGGCCAGUGCUACAACAGAGUUUCUCUCUGACUUCCUGUACAAUACGGUUAUGAACAGAUUUCACACCCGCUUCCAGGGCUCUGUCUUCAAGUCCGUUCUGCGCCAGGAGAUUGGAUUCUUCAGCACUAAUCGAACAGGUGACAUCACUUCCCACGUCUCGUCCGGCAUCGAUGCCAUGAGCGAAGCCCUCUCACACGAUCUGAGCCUCGUGAUGUGGUACCUCCUCCGGGGUGUCUGCUACUACGCCAUGAUGCUGUGGAUUUCUGUGCCUUUGGCCUUCUUCGUCAUUGUGACCCUGCCCUUCAUCCUGCUAUUGCCGAAGCUCUCGGGGAAGUUCUACCAGAAUUUGGCCACAAAGGUCCAGGAAUCCUUGGCCAAGGCCAACGAAGUUGCAAUGGAGACCUUCCAGGCCAUCUCCACCGUCCGCAGCUUCGCCAACGAGGAUGGAGCUGCUCAGCGUUACGAAAAGAAGUUGCAAGAGACCUACAAACUCAACAAGGUGGAGGCCGUGGCCUACGGUGCCUCCAUAUGGAUUCCUGAGAUCUUACAACUGAUGCUCAAAGUGGGGAUCCUCUAUUAUGGGGGAUACCUUGUCACCCAAGGGAAGUUGACUGGUGGAGCUCUCGUUACCUUUGUCCUGCAGGAGAGUGAGCUUUCCACAGUGGUGCGGGCCCUCCUUUUUUCUUACCCCUCCGUGCAAAAAGCCAUAGGUUCAUCAGAAAAGGCUUUUGAGUAUAUGGACCGGACACCCCAAAUCAAGCCCUCAGGAACUUUGGCACCCACAAAUUUAAGAGGACACAUGAAGCUUGAAGAUGUUUCGUUCUCCUACGCCAACAAUGGCAACUCUCUAGUGCUGAAGGGAGUGUCUUUGGAGCUACGUCCUGGUACUGUGACUGCCUUGGUGGGCCCUUCCGGGUCUGGGAAGAGCACGGUGGUGGCCUUGCUCCAAAGGUUUUACGAGCCCAAGGAAGGGCAGGUGUUGCUAGACGACAAGAAGCUGAGCGAAUAUGAACAUCACUUCCUGCAUCAAAAGGUGGCGCUGGUGAGCCAAAACCCCACGCUCUUUGCCCGAUCCUUGGGUGCCAACAUUGCCUACGGCUUGGAAGAGCAAAGCCAAGAGAAGAUGACCCAGGCUUGUCGGCGAGUGGGAGUCCAUCGAUUCAUCUCCACAAUGAGCCACGGCUACGACACAAAUGCUGGGGAAGCAGGAAAGCAAAUUUCUGGGGGGCAGAAGCAAGGGAUUGCUCUCGCCCGGGCUUUGAUCCGAAACCCCAAAGUGUUGAUUUUAGAUGAUGCCACCAGCGCCCUGGACACAGAGAGCCAGAAGCAGCUGGAGAAAGAAAUCUACGAAGGAGAAGCUCGCCGCACCCGCUCCGUUCUCCUGAUCUCACACAGGCUUCGCAGCGUGGAGCGGGCUGAUGUCAUCCUGGUCAUGGAAGACGGGGAGAUCCGGGAGAAAGGGACCUACGAGGAGCUGAUGGAGAAGAAGGGGCUCUACUGGCAGCUGCUGCAGAAGCAACCGAAUGGGGCAGAGGGGGGCAGGAGCAGCAGCCCCAAUGGGAACAAUAGGAAUUGAUAACGGGAUGCGAAACAGGCAGGCAGUCCAGUCUGGAUCCCAAAGCAGCACUUAUCGCUCCCCCGCGAGCGUUGUACAGUGGAGAGACAUCUCAGCAACCCAACACUCUUGUAGAUUGCCGGUUUAUCAUUCUGAAAAUUCUAAACUGCUGUUCAGAAAUCAUGGUUUAAGCGAUGUGCCAUCUGUGCCAGCAGGAAGCCUGUUUUUUGGGGGGGGGUGGAGGGAGGCGUUCACAGUUUAAGUAGAGGGCAGCAUCUAGCUGGCCUUGUGGAAACCAAAAGAAGUUGGAGGGCUUCGAUGAUCUCACAGGGCUGCUCUUUAAAAUACUGUACUGUAAAAUACUGAUGUGUGUGUGUGUGUGUGUGUGUGUGUGUGACUGUUUCUAAGGCUGAGCCACUUCACAGGGUUGUUGGGAAAAUAGGAGGAGGAAUAUCGUGUCUGUUCACUGCCUUGAGUUAUUUAUAAACAGGAUAUAGCACUAUAGCAAUAGCACUUAUAUACUGUUUCAUAGCGCUGUACAGCCCUCUGCAAGUGAUUUACAGAGUCAUCCUAUUGCCCCCAACAAUCUGGAUCCUCAUUAUACCCACCUCGGAAGGAUGGAAGGCUGAGUCAACCUUGAGCCUAGUGAGAUUCGAUCUGCCAAACUGCUGGUGAUCAGCAGUAGCAGCCUGCAGUACUGCACUCUAACCACUGCGCCACCGUAGUCCUUGUACAUUUAGAAUAGAAUAGAAUAGAAUAGAAUAGAAUUUUUUAUUGGCCAAGUGUGAUUGGACACACAAGGAAUUUGUCUUAGUGCAUAUGCUCUCAGUGUACAUAAAAGAAAAGAUACGUUCAUCAAGAAUCAUAAGGUACAACAUUUAAUGAUAGGCAUAGGAUACAAAUGAUACAAGCAACAAAAUUACAGUCAUACAGGUGGUGGGAAUGAUGAGAAGAUUAAUAUUAGUGCAGACUUAGUAAAUAGUUUGACAGUGUUGAGGGAAUUAUUUGUUUAGCAGAGUGAUGGAGUUCGGGAAAAAACUCUUUGUGUCUAGUUGUUCUGGUGUGCAGUGCUCUAUAGCGUCGUUUUGAGGGUUUAUGUCCAGGAUGUGAGGGGUCUGUAAAUAUAACUAACUAACAAUGAAUGAAUGAAUGAAUGAAUGAAACCAGCACUAGAAUUGAUUGUGCUCAGUUGUCCAAAAGGUGUUUUUUUCAAAAGAAAAUUGGACUUUCUUCGUUUUUUCUUGAAGACAUUUCACUCCUCAUCCAAGAAGCUUCUUCUGACAAGAUCACCUUUGGGGCAAGCAUGACCUGGAUGACUGAGAAUCUUCAUAGACGUGGUGCUCUGUUCCUUUUUAAAAGUCCCCCCCCCUUCAACGUUGUGUCAGCAUCGCCAUUCCUGAUAUUGAAAUGAGAUGUUUGCAAACGUUUCGCCUGAACGUGUGAAGUUUCUAUGGUCUCUUGAGAGUACUGCCAUUUCGUUGCAUUCUUUUUUUAAAUUCGAUUUGGGAGAGUUGAAGAUGUUCUGUUUUUGGAGUGAUGAGAGGCCUGGGGAAGCCCAUGUGUGUUUAUGUGCUUAGCUUUCUUUUAGAGACCCUUAGUGCACGGCUCUCCAACCUUGACAUCUUUAAGACUUGUGGACUUCAACUCCCAGAACUCCCCAGCCGGCAUGCGCCAGCUGGAGAAUUCUGAGAGUUGAAGUCCACAAGUCUUAAAGUUGCUAAGGUUGAGGACUCCUGCCUUAGUGAGUAGACCUUGAUGCUAUGAUCUUCAGAGAUAAAUGCUUCCUUGGGACCAGCUUGGACAUUUGAUGUCUUCUGGGAGGAUGCCAACCAAGCUCUUCCUCUUGUGGCUUUGUCUCUACUUCAGCUGUGCCUUGGCAACUUCCUGAACGGAAAGAUUUGGCAACUCAAAUGUUAGAGCACAUUUCUGGUCAAGCAUUCUGCAGAGAGGAUCGAAACAGUCAAAAUGGCAUUUACACAUUUGAAGCCUGCUACUUUUUGUUGUUAUUGUUGUUGUUGUUGUGGGCGCCACUAAAGCUGGGCACAACUCUUCCGCUGCCACCUUGAGCUCUAGCAGAAAAUGUCGAUGCUGAAGUUAUUUUUUUUUUAUUGAAAAAGUUUUACAAAUACAUUUUCACCCCAAUUUCCCCUCCCCAACCCCCCCUAACCCUCCCCUCCCCCCAGGACUUCCACAAAAUAUAAUCCAAAUCAAAAUCACAUUUUAUAAAACUUGAGCUCCUUGAGCUCUAGCAGAAAAUGUCGAUGCUGAAGUUAUUAUUAGGUUAUUAAUGUAGGUUACUAAGGUUAUUAAUUAGGUUAUUAACUACCAACUACUAACUUUUAGAAUUAGUGCACAUCUUUUCUUUGCCUCAGGUUGUAAAAUGGUUUGGAUUCGAUUAUUCCAUUAUCUUUGCUUUCCUCCUCUCCUAGCUGAGCAGAUCACGUAUUAAUAUUUUGGGACCUUCUAAUCUGUGGCACACAGCGGAGUUGUAACCCAAUUUGGGGGAAGGGUCUUUCAUUGGUCCAAAUUUUGAAAGCCACUUGGGCAGAGCGAUGAAGGGGCACAUCUGGGCUUAGAAUUAAAUAAACGAACAGGUUCACAAUUGUUUUCUGUAAGAUCCUUAUUUUAGAAAGCCUAUGUUUAAAAAAAAGCACUUGUAUUUGUACGUUUUAAAAUAAAUACCUGUCUAAAAUUU